CCCUGGAGUCGGUUAGACAAAAUAACAACCAUAUUAUCGAUACCUCCAAUCAACGACCUCUCUACCCGCCGCCUUCAAUCGCAAAGAGUCCCCGGGUGAAUCUUAAGCAUUCUGGCGGAAUCCCCACGCCCAACAAAACGAAGCGAUGGCGGGCGGUCUCGUCAAAUACCGUCAUCUGAGUCGAAACUCAGCCCAUCGACAAGCCUUGCUUCGCAACCUCGUCACAUCGCUCGUCAAGCAUGAGUCCAUACACACCACCUGGCCUAAGGCGAAGGAGGCCCAGCGUCUCGCUGAGAAGCUGAUAACACUAGCGAAGAGAAACAAUGAGACAAGCAGGCGGCGGGCCACCGGAAUACUAUACACACCCCACGACCUCCUCCCCAAGCUCUUUGGCGAGCUGCGCGAACGCUACCUCCAGCGGCCGGGCGGGUACACGCGGGUGCUGCGUACGGAGCCCAAGUCGACGUACGACCAGGGCGCCUCGGCCAUCCUCGAGUUCGUCGACGGGCCCAAGGACAUGCGAUUCGCCAUGACGGCCGCCGCCGUGGCGCGGGACCAGGCCCUCGGCCUCCCGCACAACGAACUCACGCUCAAGAAUCGCGGCAAGGUCCUGCGGUACCGCGAUAACGGCCAGAAGGUCUUUGACGACAUGGUCGAGAGGAUUGGCAAGCUAAAUCUUGCUGGUGGGAAGAAGCAGGGUGCUAACGCCGCUACGGCGUAAAUGAAGGGACUGAAAGGGGCGAUGAGCGUGAGGAUGAAGCGGGCUUUGACAACUUCGUUGGGGCAAAGCUAGGGGUGGAAGUAAUUCUGGGUCACGCACAGUGGACAGAAAGUCCUUUGUCCAAAGAUAUGAGAAGAUCAGGCGGCGCUGAACGACAGAUAGCCGUAUCUACUUGUAUCCCUCCGAUCCUAGCCUAAAGUACAGGAUCUAAUUGUACGACAAUAUUGUACAUUACUUAGAUAAAUACGCCAUUUUGGCCUCCGUCUAGAACACAUACCAAAGUAAAAUUUACAACUCAGACAAAAUAGUAUAAAAUGACUAUUUCAUGAAAA